CUCGUCCCUUCGGGGACAUCCGACAAACAGCGAUCUCCAUCUUCUUCUUCUUCUUCUUCUUCCCCUGUUUUCCCGUCUUUCCUGUCAGAAGUAGCGGAACCCAACCGAAGGCCAGACAAUAUUCAACGCGAAGCACGGAGGAAAGAAAUGGCGUCAAAAUCGUUCUCUUCUUCUUCAUCAUCUUCAGGCUGUUCGCCGGCAAGUGAUCGGCGAAUAAGCGUUCUAGCAAGGCACCUGGUGGCCGAGAAUGCACUCUCCUCCUCCCCCAUCUAUGCUUCUCCUACUUCUUCUGCCAACUCCGUCUUCGCCCACAUCGCUCGUGGCCCCGAAGACCCAAUUCUCGGGGUGACGGUAGCAUAUAACAAGGACCCCAGCCCUGUCAAACUCAAUUUGGGCGUGGGUGCUUAUCGAACUGAGGAAGGGAAGCCUCUUGUUCUGAAUGUGGUUCGAAAAGCUGAGCAUAUGCUUGUUAAUGACAGGUCCCGAGUUAAGGAGUACCUUCCAAUUGUAGGACUGGCUGACUUCAACAAACUGAGUGCAAAGCUAAUCUUCGGUGCUGAUAGCCCAGUGAUCCGCGAGAAUAGGAUCACCACAGUUCAGUGCUUGUCGGGCACCGGCUCGCUAAGGGUUGGAGGUGAAUUCCUGGCCAAGCAUUAUCACCAACGAACGAUAUACAUUCCCCUGCCUACGUGGGGUAACCACCCUAAGGUUUUCACCUUGGCCGGGUUGUCAGUGAAGACAUAUCGUUACUAUGAUCCGGCAACUCGUGGAUUGAACUUCCAAGGCUUGAUGGAAGAUCUUGGCUCUGCCCCUUCUGGCGCCAUCAUACUACUUCAUGCAUGUGCUCACAACCCGACAGGAGUGGAUCCUACUCCUCAACAGUGGGAGCAGAUCAGACGCUUGAUGAGAUCGAAAGCAUUGAUGCCUUUCUUUGACAGUGCCUAUCAGGGCUUUGCAAGUGGGAGUUUAGAUGAAGAUGCUCAGCCUGUCCGCAUGUUUGCUGCCGAUGGAGGGGAGCUUCUUGUAGCUCAAAGUUAUGCCAAAAACAUGGGCCUAUAUGGGGAGCGUGUUGGUGCAUUGAGCAUUGUCUGCAAGGAUGCUGAUGUUGCAGGCAGGGUUGAGAGCCAGCUGAAGCUUGUGAUUAGGCCCAUGUACUCCAAUCCACCUAUCCAUGGUGCAUCAAUUGUGGCUGCCAUCUUGAAAGACGGAAACUUGUACAAUGAAUGGACCAUAGAGCUGAAGGCAAUGGCUGACCGGAUUAUCAGCAUGCGCAAGCAGCUCUUUGAUGCCCUCCAUGCCAGAGGUACACCUGGUGACUGGAGUCACAUCAUCAAGCAAAUCGGGAUGUUCACCUUCACUGGUCUGAACUCUGAGCAGGUGGCUUUCAUGACCAGGGAGUACCACAUUUAUAUGACAUCCGACGGGCGGAUUAGCAUGGCAGGUUUAAGCUCGAAGACCGUUCCUCACCUUGCUGAUGCCAUCCAUGCAGCUGUCACUCGCAUGAAGUAAUGCAUUCAUCGUCAACAGCAAACUCCUCAAUACGGUCUUCUGUUGUUGUGUUCUUAUAAGCUCAAUUUGCCUGGUAAGGCGAAACGUAAGUGUACUUGGUGGGAGAUUCAGAAUAAAAUUUUGCAAAAUAAACAAGGGGUUGGAAACAGUGAGAUAGUCCACCCUGUAACUAUUGGAAAUUUACUGGACGAGUUUACAGUAAAAUUAUCAUACAUAUUGUCGACAUAAUUUAUUUAAUGAGUACCCUAUGAUCCCUACACAUUUGCCUUUUGCUUGCCUUUG